AUGGCACCUCCAGGAGAAAGCAAUAUCUCAAUUCUCCUAGCAAAAAUGCAACCAAGCCUAGACCCAACAACCUACGUUUUCCUCACAGCCAAGUUACCCCUUCACUUGUUGCCCCUCUCGACCCUCCAGCCGCAACUAAUCGUGCCAGAAGAGGAGGGCACAACGGUUGUGACAACAGAAGAGCUCGCCACAUUGCAUGGCUUCGACGAGUCAACCUUCCCUUGCAAGAAAAUCUCUCUUACUAUCCACUCCAGCCUGGAAGCGGUCGGCUUGAUCGCUGCCAUUACUAACCGGCUGAAAGACCAUGACAUCAGUACCAAUGUCGUCAGUGGGUAUUUCCAUGAUCAUAUCUAUGUGCCCGUUGCGAGAGCAAAGGAUGCGAUGCGGGUUUUGGAGGAAUUGGCUGCUGGGGCGAGGGGAUGA